AUGCUUAAAAUUGGAUAUUCCGGCUAUACCUGUGUUGUCCAUCAUCUAUUUCUUGAUCCCUCUUCCACCUUAUUGGAGACGCAACUUCAGCACCUCGAUACACCUAGAAGAUCUCUCAGAUGCCCAAACACUUGCACCGCUCAUACCGCGCGCAUCCAGCACUGGUUGAAGAAAACUUUCGAUAACGAAUGCAAAAUGGAGAAAUCAUGCUCUUUGCUGGUACACUUUGACAAGGGCACACCGGCACUUGCCAAUGAGAUCAAGGAGGCACUUGAAGGGAACGAUGUUCCCGCUAAAAUUGAUGCCAUGAAAAAUGCAAUCAUGCUUUUGCUGAAUGGUGAAACUCUACCUCAGCUCUUCAUUACCAUCGUUAGAUAUGUGUUACCCUCUGAGGAUCAUACCAUUCAGAAACUUCUUUUGCUUUAUUUGGAGCUCAUUGACAAGACUGACGGCAAAGGUCGUGUGUUGCCUGAAAUGAUCUUGAUCUGUCAAAAUUUGAGAAAUAAUCUUCAGCACCCAAAUGAAUACAUCCGUGGUGUUACAUUGAGGUUUCUUUGCCGGCUGAAAGAGGUGGAGAUCAUCGAGCCAUUAAUCCCCUCCAUUAUCUCAAACUUGGAGCAUAGGCACCCUCAUAUUAGGAGAAAUGCAAUUCUUGCUGUGAUGACAAUUUACAAACUCCCACAAGGCGAGCAGCUCUUGGUUGAUGCACCAGAGACAGUUGAAAGGUUUCUAUCAUCAGAGCAGGAUGCAUCAGCUAAAAGAAAUGCCUUUCUGAUGCUUUUCAAUUGUGCGCAGGAUCGUGCAAUUAAUUAUCUUUUGACCAAUGUUGACAGAGUGUCUGACUGGGGGGAAUUAAUGCAGAUGGUCGUCUUGGAGUUGAUCCGGAAAGUUUGUAGGACAAACAAAGCAGAAAAAGGGAAGUAUAUUAAGAUCAUUAUAUCACUACUGAAUGCUCCUUCAGCUGCUGUUGUCUAUGAAUGUGCAGGAACCCUUGUUUCUUUGUCUUCUGCUCCUACUGCUAUUAGAGCUGCAGCCAAUACAUAUUGCCAGCUUCUACUCUCUCAGAGUGACAACAAUGUUAAGCUCAUUGUGCUUGAUCGCCUAAAUGAACUCAAGCUUUCUCACAGGGAUAUUAUGGUUGACAUGAUCAUGGAUGUUUUGAGGGCACUGUCAAGCCCCAACCUUGACAUUCGCAGGAAAACACUAGAUAUUGUUCUUGAACUUAUUACCCCCCGAAAUGUCAAUGAGGUGGUUCUUAAUUUGAAAAAGGAAGUCAUGAAAACUCAAAGUGGGGAGCUUGAGAAGAAUGGAGAGUAUAGACAGAUGCUCAUUCAAGCCAUCCAUUCUUGUGCUAUAAAGUUCCCUGAAGUGGCCAGCACAGUGGUCCAUUUAUUGAUGGAUUUCUUGGGAGACAACAAUGUAGCCUCUGCUAUGGAUGUUGCCAUUUUUGUGAGAGAGAUUAUAGAAACCAACCCAAAAUUAAGGGUUUCCAUUGUCACCAGGCUUCUGGAUACUUUUUAUCAGAUCCGAGCAGCUAGAGUUUGUUCCUGUGCUCUUUGGAUCAUAGGAGAGUAUUGUCUAUCUCUAUCUGAAGUUGAGAGUGGCAUUGCAACCAUAAAGCAGUGCCUUGGAGACCUACCCUUUUUUUCGAUUUCCGAAGAAGAGGAAGUUACUGACUCUACAAAGAAAUCCCAGCAGGCGAACUCCAUUACUGUUUCAUCUAAAAGGCCAGCUAUCCUUGCAGAUGGGACAUACGCAACUCAAAGUGCUGCCUCUGAAACUACUUUCUCCCCUCAAACUGUAGUUCACGGAUCUCUGAGUACUGGAAAUUUGAGGUCCCUUCUUCUCACUGGUGAUUUUUUCCUCGGGGCAGUUGUUGCGUGCACAUUGACAAAGUUGAUACUAAGAUUGGAAGAGGUUCAACCAUCCAGGCUUGAUGUGAACAAAGCAUCAACAGAUGUGUUACUGAUCAUGGUCUCAAUGCUACAGCUGGGACAAUCUUCAGUUCUCCCUCAUCCAAUUGAUAAUGAUUCUUAUGACAGAAUUGUUCUUUGCAUAAGAUUGCUGUGUAACACGGGGGAUGCUGUCAGGAAAAUCUGGUUGAAGUCUUGCCAUGAGAGUUUUGUUAAAAUGCUUUCAGAUAAACAGCUACGUGAAACUGAGGAAAUUAAAGCAAAGGCUCAGAUUUCUCAUUCCCAGCCUGAUGACCUUAUUGAUUUCUACCAUUUGAAGAGCAGGAAGGGCAUGAGCCAGCUGGAGUUGGAAGAUGAGGUCCAAGAUGAUUUGAAACGUGCUACUGGGGAAUUCAGUAAGGAUGCAGAUGACGCAAAUAAGCUAAAUCGCAUUAUUCAACUCACAGGAUUUAGUGACCCAGUCUAUGCUGAAGCAUAUGUGACGGUUCAUCAAUAUGAUAUUGUCCUAGAUGUUACAGUUAUCAAUAGAACUAAAGAGACCCUCCAGAAUUUGUGUUUGGAGCUGGCUACAAUGGGUGACCUUAAACUUGUUGAGCGUCCACAGAACUAUACUCUGGCACCUCAAUCAAGCAAGCAAAUAAAAGCAAAUAUUAAGGUUUCCUCUACUGAGACCGGAGUCAUUUUUGGCAACAUUGUCUAUGAGACUUCCAAUGUGCUCGAGAGGACUGUUAUCGUCCUCAAUGAUAUCCAUAUCGAUAUCAUGGACUACAUUUCUCCUGCUGUGUGCAGUGAUGCUGCUUUUAGAACCAUGUGGGCAGAAUUUGAAUGGGAAAACAAGGUUGCUGUCAACACUACAAUAACAGAUGAGAAAGAAUUUCUUGACCAUAUAAUCAAAUCCACCAACAUGAAAUGCCUAACUGCACCGUCUGCUUUGGAUGGUGAAUGCGGGUUCUUGGCUGCAAAUUUGUAUGCGAAGAGAGCAAGACCCAGGGAAUUGCUCUCAGCCUUGGUGACAAGAUCACUCUCAAGCAGAAAGGAGGAAGCUAAUCUUGCUUUUUGGUUUUGCAUGUGA